AAUAUAGGUUUCUAUGCGACGUUCUGCAUCGGCGGUUUCAGUUGCCAUCGCGAUUUGUAACGCAACUUUUCAGAUUUUUUUUCUGAAUUUUUAACGUUUUCUUUAAAAUAAAUGCCUCCCAAAUCCCCGAAUCGCUCAGGGAAGUCCACCCCUACAAGAGGAAGACCGGGUGAAAAAAAAGAUGAGGAAAAGUUGCUUCAAGAUGAAGAAGAGGAGAGACUGAGAUUAGAACAAGAGGAGAAAGCACGUCAAGAAAAAGAGGCAAGAGAAAAACUGGAGCAAGAACGCAGAGCUGAGCUCGAUACAAAGAAAGAUAAACAAGUGUUUGAAACAAACAUAGAACUUGGAGCAGUUAAACUGGAAGUGGAGCAAGUGAAAAAUGAUAAGCUGGCACAUGCAGAGUGGAACAGAUACAUGAAAUGUGAUGGGAAACCUGACCCAACAUCUGUAAAGGAAAUCAACACGUUUAUUUCACUUUCACAUGAAAAAGGAAGUCCGGAUGUUAACAUUGUGCUGGAAGAUGCUAAGCUUAUUUUAUCUUUGAUAAGUGAGCUGAAUGAACUUUUGGAAGAUUUCACUCCUGAAGAAUUUGAACAGAAAGUUGAUAGCUACAGACAAACCAUUCUAUCACUGCAGGAUUUGCUGCUUAACAGAUAUAACGAAGCUACUUUAAAAAUGCUAAAGGAAGCAAGUUAUGAAGCUGACUCAGAGUCUGGUAAUCUUCAAAAAGUUGUGGAUGGUGAAAACGAAACUAUCAUGUUGUGGGCGAACCUGAACAAGAAUCCAAGGUUCAAACUUUUCGAGUUUGAAAACGAGAAAAUAUCUUUUGAACUCCCUAAAGUCCUGGCCAUGGCUGAUAUAGCAGUUCGAAUUUUGCGGACAAAAUUUGACCAUUAUUCCCAUCAAUGUACAACAUUUCUACCGAAGAAAAAGAAGGUUAAGGAUGAAGAGCCGAUCCCAGAAGAGCCACCUAAACCAGAGGAUGCGGAAGAGGUUGAAGUCAAAGGUGAUGAAGAAAAUGGAGAAGAUGCAAAGUCAGUUGUGGAGGAAGGAAGACAGAGCAAACAAAGCAAUGAACCUGGGCUCGUGAUUGAAGGGGAGAAAGAAGAAGAAACAAAGAAAGAUGAAAAUGAAGCAGGAGAGAAAGAAGACGCGGUAAAAACUCCUGAUGUCCAAAUUGAGAUUGAAGAAGAUGAGGAAGAAAUUCUUGAUCCCGAUGUCGUCGAUUUGCGACAGUUUUCACCACUUGGAGGGGUGUAUCAUGUUGAUCUGCUUAAAACACCACCACAACCAAACAUAGUGCGAGGGUGGACACUGACACAGAUAAUUGACAAGCCUCUAUCCACUGUAAAAUACCCAUCUGAUAAUCCAAACACUGGUCGUUCUUCUUCAAGGGUGGCCUCAGCUAACCCGGAGGGUAGGGAUGAAGGAAGUCCCUCCAAGACCCCACUGGAGCAACAACAGCCCCCAAUUGGACUUACAUUUGCUUUACCCAGUAAUGUCAUGUUUUUUGAGGAGCCCCAGGUUGCAUCUUGGGAUUCAUCAGACAAACAUUGGAAAACGAGCGGCAUUACGGACACCAACUUUGAUGAAGAGAAUCGGAAGUUGUUGUUUAAAACGCAGGAGUUCGGGACAUUUUGCUUGAUGCAAGACUCUCACCUUAACAUGCCUUUCCAAUCCUGGGAGUUAAAGCCAAAAGGAACAAAUUCUACAGUGUUGACCAUCACUGCAGCAAUUGCUGAAGUUGAGAUUGAAGUAAAGGAUAGUAAAUGCCGGUUGAAUGCACCAGCAGAAGAUCCACCGAAAGAGCUUUCUGGGCUCUAUGGGAAAUGGAUGGCUGUUCCGAAGUUAAUCGCAGCCAUGCGUGACGCUGGGGUAAACGUUUUUCCAGCAGAGGAUUCGCACAAGUUUGUUAGCAUUCAAAGCAAGGAAGUAGACCUUGAAAGAGUGUAUGAACAGAUGGCCAUUCUAUCGUCGACGUUCGCGUUUUCUUGGAGCAAAUGGAAUAACGACGCUGGUAGUAAACAAGUUAUUAUUCAGAUUGCACCGUGUCUCAUAAAAGAAAACGUGCCACGUGACGCAGUUUCGGACGACGAUUGGUCAAUUUUCUCUGUCUCUGAUGACAUGAGUUACAAGCUGGCACUGUCCGAAUACGACGAAGAAUUUGCUGACGUCGUGGCAAAAGGGGCGACUUAUCAUUGCGACUUAUUGCAUGCAGUACGAGAGACAACCACUAAAGACAGCAACGAAAAACUGCUGGAACAACUCACCGAAAAAUCACAAAACGCGAACAAGUUUUUCAUUCACGCGGUUGCCACAUUACUAAAAGCAUCCAAACUGGUUUCUUUUUCGUAGUAACUGACGCGGGUCGGGUAUAUACGUUUAUGCAUUAACGUUCUUUCGUUUGGAUUUGCGUAUUUGACAGUAUUAAAAAUAAAGAUUGUUUACGGUAAUGUG